CAAAGCUUCACCCCUCAGCUGACUCACCUGAGACGAAGCAGGAUGUUCUCUAAAGAGACACACAGACUGAAAAACAGACAGAUCUUCACUUGGAGACAAAAUGUCUUUCAGAUCAGAGGAGGAUCUCUGCUGUCCGAUCUGUCAUGACAUCUUUAGAGAUCCUGUUGUUCUGUCAUGUAGCCACAGCUUCUGUAAAGACUGUCUGAAGAGCUGGUGGGGAGAGAAACUAACACAUGAGUGUCCAGUUUGUAAGAGAAUAUCUUCCAGGGAAGAACCACCUGUUAGUCUGGUGUUAAAGAACCUGUGUGAGUCCUUCUUACAGGACAGAGAUCAGAGAGCUUCAGAGGCUCUCUGCAGUCUGCACUCUGAGAAACUCAAACUCUUCUGUCUGGACCAUCAGCAGCCAGUGUGUGUCGUCUGCAGAGAUUCAGAACAACACACCAACCACAGAUUCAGACCCAUUGAUGAAGCUGCACGACAACACAAGAAGAUGCUUGAGGAAACUUUGGAGCCCUUAAAAGACAAGUUAAAGGUUUGUGAACAAGUUAAAGUGAAGUUUGAUCAAACAGCAAAACACAUUAAGGUCCAGGCCGGACACACAGAGAGGCGGAUUAAGGAGCAGUUUAAGAAGCUUCACCAGUUUCUAGAAGAGGAAGAGGAGGCCAGGAUGGCUGCUCUAAGGGAGGAAGAGGAGCAGAAGAGUCAGAUGAUGAAGGAGAAGAUGGAGACUCUGAGCAGAGAGAUAGCAGCUCUUUCACACACAGUCAGAGCCACAGAGGAGGAGCUGAGAGCUGAAGACGUCUCAUUCCUGCACAACUACAAGGCUGCAGUGGAAAGAGUCCAGCGCUGCCUCCUGCUGGAUGAUCCACAGCUGCUCUCAGGAGCUCUGAUAGACCAGGCCAAACACCUGGGCAACCUGACCUUCAACAUCUGGAAUAACAUGAAGGAGAUGGUCUCAUACACUCCUGUCAUUCUGGAUCUAAACACUGUGUAUCCAAGACUCAUUCUGUCUGAAGAUCUGACCAGUGCGAGAUAUGGAGAGAAACAGCAGCAGCUUCCUGAUAAUCCAGAGAGGUUUGAUUAUUAUGUCUCUGUCCUGGGCUCUGAGGGCUUUAACUCAGGGACUCACAGCUGGGAUGUCGAGGUUGGAGAAAAUAUAUACUGGAGACUGGGUGUGUUAUCAGAGUCUGUCCAGAGGAAGGGAAUCAUACAGUCUGGAUUAUGGACAAUAGAGUUCUAUAAUGAUAAAUACUCAGCAUGGUCACCACCAGCUCUCUCCACUGUUCUACCAGUGAAGAAGAAGUUUCAGAGGAUCAGAGUGAAUCUGGACUGGAACAGAGGAAAUCUGUCGUUCUCUGAUCCUGAUACUAACACACACAUACACACCUUCACACACACUUUCACUGACAGACUGUUUCCAUACAUUAACACUGUGAAUAAACUCCAACUGAAGAUUUCCCCAUUGAAGGUCUCUGUGACAGUGGAACAGAGCAGUUAGAGAUGAUGAUGAUGGUUCUUAUAAUUACUCUCAUUUAUUUGAUAAUUUAAUUAAAUAUACUGUAUGUGAAACUCUAUAUGAAAUAAUUCAAAAUAUUUCUACAAUUGUUCAUUUGAUGUGAUGAAGUCAAAAUAAUUCUAUCUGUAAAUGUGUUUUUAUUUAGUUUUCAUUAGUUGAAUUCUGUCAUUUAAUCAGAGGAGGGUUUUUAUUUAAGGUGGACAUGUGAGUUUGGGUUCAUGUUGGUGAUUUAAGAGCUGAUGUUUUCUCUGUUGUUUCUCUCUGAAUAAGAAAACCUGCUAAAUGUAGAAAAUGUAAAUGAUUCCUGAUGUUUGCUGGAUGUUCAUGUAACCUGUAACCUGCUGUGAUUCUUUUCAACUGGAAAACUUUGUGUGGAAACCAAUAAAAAGUGAAGCGGGAAAUGUGUUCAGAUUUAUUGUCAUCAUGUUUUAGUUCUGACCUCCAUUUUAUCAAACGUAACAAUAUACACAGACUCUACAGGAUCCAUCAUCUUUCUUAACUAUUCAUCUCUUUUCUCUCAGUUUCUGUUAGUAAAUUGUCUCCACAGGAAGCCUUCAAAUCACACAAAUCUCCUGCUGUCUAUAUGUUGUUAACUUAUUAAAAUAACCGUAUCUAUAA